CUGAGAACAUCUGAGAACAAAGGAAUUGCUUUCAAAGAUUUCCUGCCUAAUGUGUGAAGUUAAAGUUCCUAUCAGAUCACAAGCCAGAAUGUCCCAAUUAUCCAUUUCAAAGGAGUCCUGGGUUUUCUAAAGUCACAUCAAAUGGAUUUCCCUCCUUACUCUUCUAAAGUUUUUGACUCAGUGAGAGAAGACGAAUUCCACCUUGGUGAAGGCUCAUCUGACUGGUUUGCAGGAGAUUUUGAUGACCAUGUUGGACAAAUGUCUUCAUACCCUAAAGAAAGCAGGGAAUCCACAAUAGGUUCCUACACAGACAACUUUGAACAUAAAACACAAGAAAACCUUAAUUCCUUGAAAACACCUGAUAAAUAUAAUGGACUUUAUUCCAGUCAUAAUGAAGUAUGCAAAACUCAGAAGGGUAUGGAAUUCUUAGACUAUAAGGAUGUUUCAAAUGUAGAAGAGUGUGGAGAAACCAGUUCCAAUCCUAAAAGGACUUAUUACAGUGGUAAAAUAGAUGCUUCAAAUUACAUAAUGAAUAAAGGAAUAUUUGGGAAUGAUCAGCCGUCUAUACAGGAAAACGUUGACAAUAACUUUAAACAGUGUGGUGUGACUGACCUACAGAAGAUGAUAAAGCAUUCAUUUCCAUUUGGAAACCCGUUUAAAAGUGACUUUGAUACAUUUAACAGUAAAAAAAUGGAAAAUUGUGGUGAGAAAGACUCCAGGGAUGGUGAAACCAAUCAACAAGUUCAAAAGCCUAAGCCCUAUGUAUGUUUAUGUGGGAAAAGUUACACUAACAGCUCACAUUUGUAUCGGCAUCAACGUACUCAUGUAAAGGAGAAUAUAGAGAGAUUAAGAAGUGAACAAUGUACAGUAAUGGAGAAUUUAAGAUUGAAUUGUUUUGUGUGUGUUUGUGGGAAAACCUGUAACAGCAGCUCAGAACUAUAUAGACAUCAAAUGACUCACAAGGAAGAGAUUGUGGUUGAAGGAGAUAAUUAUACCCAAAAACAUUGUAAAAAACCCAAGACAGAAAUGCUGAAUCAAACAUUUCACACAGUAGAGAAUGAAUGUGUGGGAAAAAACUCUGAAAAUGACUUAAGUGAAGAUGGUGAGGAGGGAAAGUCUAGGUUGAUGGAAAAGUCAUCUAUAUAUCAAGAUAAUGGAGAUGGUUUUGGGAGGAAAACUGGGAUGGAGAAUCUACAUGAAGGGAUUAAUGCAUAUAUAUGUGUGUGUGGAAGAAGUUACAGCAACAGCUCAAACCUGUAUAGACAUCAAAGAUCUCACAACUGCAAAGCAGAGCCAGGGAACAAUAUUUUGUAUCAACAUGAGAGACAUAGUAGUGGAAUCCAUUCAGUUUCUGGACAAAGAACGCAUUUUAAAGACCAUUGUUCUAAAAUGGGUAAUGAAGGUGACCCCAUCUCAGUGAUGGAUACAGUUUGGGAUAAUGCUGACCCUCCAAACUCUGUGAUGGAGAAGGCAGGUGGGAGCUGCCAUGGUUACAUUGCUAUGAUGAAGAAGAUAGGUGAUAACUGCAAUGUUCCAAGCUCUGUUAUGGAAAAUAUAGGAUAUGAUUGUAAUGUUGAUACAUUAAGUAUUGAGAAGAAUGGUGGUAACAGCAAUGGUCCUAUAUCUCAGAUGGAGAAUAAGAGUCUGACAUUGAAAUCUUGCAUAUCCAUAUGUGGGAAGAGGUAUUGCAAUAGCUCAUAUCUGUCUAGGAAUCAUGUAGCAACCACGGGGAAGGAUGAAGUGGUAAAGCUUGCAUCUGAAAUAGAAUACACAAUGAAAAAUAAGGGUUUAGAAGAAGAAUUUGAAAUGUUAGAUUCUAAUAAAGAUGUACAGAAACUCAAACUCAUAGAGGAAAAUGUAGUAGAGGAAGAGCAAUUAAGGAUACAAGACAGUAAAACAGAAGUUCCAAAAAAGUUAGCAGAGAAUAUAGUAGAAGCAGAUGAAACAUUUGGAAGAGAAGGCUUACAAAUAGAUGUGCAUAAAGAACAUGAGAAGCCACAUGCAUGUGUUUGUGGAAAAAGUUAUUAUAGGAGAUCCCAUCUAUAUAGACAUCAGAGAAUUAACAGAUGUAAGACUGUGAUAGUAACAGAUGAUGGACCUGGAACAGCGAUAUCUACAGCUGAGACUCAAGAAAACAUAAAGAAUAAUGUUGGCGCAUCAGAACAUAAUUUCGAACAAGAAGAAUUCAAGGCACCAAUGGAAACAUUGAGUAAAAAGCCUCAUAAAUGUGUUUGUGGGAAAAGUUAUUACCAAACUUCACAUUUAUAUAGACAUCAGAGGAUGUACAAAUGUGUAAAGAUAGCAAAGAAUGUUUUUGGAAGAGCUGUACCUAAAACUGAGCUACAGAAACUAUGUAAGACGUUUGAUCCACGGGAAUAUAGGAAAGAUCAUUUGUGUCAGAAAGUACCCAAGGAACGAAACACACUAGCCAAAGAAGAAUUUAAAAUAGAAGAAACAAAGCAGACAAUACAAAAAUCAGUAGGUGAUGGUGUAUUAGCAGAAGGUAUUAAAAGAGAAGUAAACAAAUGUAAGAUGGAGACUAUAUUAACAGAACAUAAUUUGGGAGUAGAAGCAAUAAGAACAGAGAUCCAGAAAGCUGCAAGGGGCAAUCCAGAGGAAGAACAAAACUUGAGAUUAGAAGCACUUAAAACAGAGAUCCAGGAUACCAUAGGGGAGAAUAUAGACGAUGAGCAAGAUUUGGGAAUAGAAGCACUUAGAACAGAGAUCUGGAAAACCAUGGGGGAGAAUAUAGAAGAUGAGCAGGAUUUGGGAAUAGAAGUACUUAGAACAGAGAUCCGGAAAACCAUGGGGGAGAAUAUAGAAGCUACACAGGAUUUGGGAAUGGGAUGUCUUAGAAUAGAGUCCCAGAAACCCAGAGGGGAGAAUAUACAAGUAGAAGAGAAUUUAGGAAUGGAACCACUUGUAACAGAGAUUCAGAAAACCAAAGGGGAGACUUUAGAAGAAGAACAGACUUUGAGAAUGAAAGAACUUAGCAUAGAAAUUAAGAAAGAAAAGAUAGACGAUAUGGAAACAGAACAUGAAUUUGGGACAGAAGAAAGUAGAACAGAAGUAGAUAAAUGGAUAGAGGGAAGUUCAUCUGUAGCAGACAAUACACUUGGAAGAGAAAACUUACAAACAGAGAAGAAUGAAUCAGUAGAGAAGCCAUAUCCGUGUGUGUGUGGGAGAAGCUAUUACCAACGUUCCAAUCUGUAUAAACAUCAUCAAAUACACAGAUGUGAGAACCUGGUAGUAAACACAGGUAGUUUUAUGACAGAUAUGCACCAGGACCUAAAAGUGAAUAGAAAAACAGUUAAUUUUGGACAGAAUCAUUGGAAGAAGGGAACACAGAUACUAAGUGAAAAGCCUUAUAAAUGUCUGUGUGGGAAAAGCUAUUACAGAAGAUCCCAUCUUUACAGACAUCAGAGAAUGCACAUAAGGAAGAACAUAAUAGUAGAACAAGGAUUAAGAAGAGAACAAUCUAAAACAGAAGUACAGAAAGAAUGCAGGAACCCUAAUACAUUGGUAAAAACAAAAAGGUACAUCAGAAACGUACAUCCGCCCACGCAUCACACCGUGACCACACAGGGCAGCGCUGUGUUACGAAAAGAUGAAUUGCAAUCCAAUGAAAAGUUGAAAAAACACAUAGAGAAAGCUAACAUAAAACAGGAAUUUGAACCAAAAGAAUCUAAGAAUGACAUUCAGAAAUAUGCUGUAAAAGAACAGGAAUUUGAAAUAAAAGAAAUUGGAAUAGAAGUGGAGAAACAGAUAUCUAAGGAUAUGGUUCUAACAGAAAAAACACAUAGAAAAAACAAAUUAAGAAAGCAAGACCAUAAAAUCAAUGAGAAACGUUAUAAAUGUGUAUGUGGAAAAAGCUAUUUUAGGUGCUCGCAUCUGUAUAGACAUCAGAGAAUGAAAAAAUGUGAGAAUGUGGAAACAAGAAAAGUAGACAAGUCGCAGGCUAAAAAUAAAAACCAAGUAACAGAGAAUGAUGAAAUAGUUACAUUUAGAAUAAAUGAUUCAAAGCCAGUGACAGAGAACAUUACUGAUAAGCCUUAUAAAUGUCUGUGUGGAAAAAGCUACUACAGAAGUUCUCAUCUUUAUCGACAUCAGAGGAUGCACAUAAGAAAGAAUGUAGUAGUAAAAGUAGGAUAUGGAAUGAAUCCAUCUAAACCCGAGAUCCAGAAAAUAAGCAAGAAUACUUCAUCAUGGGUUUACAAGAAAGGUUAUGCAAGAAACUCAAAUUUUUAUAGACCUCACAGAAUACACAUGGGCAGUGUUGUAGUAAAACAGGAAUUUCCAGUAGAAGACAUUAAAACAGGUCUGGAAAAACAAGUAAUGGAGAAGGAGGAGCAGGAAUUAGAGGUAGAUGAAAGACAAAGAUAUGCAUACGCGCAAACAGGAAUCAGUGGGACAAUAUCAGAAGAUAUACAGAGAAGUGAAAAGAAGAGAAGACAAAAGGAAGCACAUGCACAGAGAGGAGACAGUACGACAAUAUUAGAAGAUAUACAGAGAAGUGAAAAGAAGAGAAGACAAAAGGAAGCACAUGCACAGACAGGAGACAGUACGACAAUAUUAGAAGAUAUACAGAAAAGUGAAGGAAAGACAGGAGAGAGUGUGACAAUAGCACAGGACCCAUGGAAAAUUAAAAAUAUGAAAAAAGAAGAGUAUAAACUAAAUGAGAAACCUUAUAUAUGUGUAUGUGGGAAAAGUUAUUACCAAACUUCCCAUCUCUAUAGACACCAGAGAAUGUACAAAUGUGUGGAAUCUGUAGUAACAAGAGGUAGAGUUGGUGUAGGUAAAUCUAAGACCAAAUUGCAGAGACAUUUAGGAGGAAAUGGAGAAAUAGCUAGAUAUCGAUUAAAGGAUUGUAAAACAGCAAUAGAGAAAAUAAGUGAGAAACCUUAUAAAUGUUUGUGUGGUAAAAGCUAUUACAGAAUUUCUCAUCUCUAUAGACAUCAGAGAAUGCAUGUAAAAAAACACUUAAAAGUAGAACAUGGAUGUGGAACAGACCAAUCUAGAACCGAGGAACUCAAUUUAAUCCGGAAACUUAAUACAUUUAUAAGGAGGAAAAAUUAUUCAAGAAACUCAAAUCCCUAUACACAACAGAGUGGGCAAAUGAGGAGGACCAUUACAGAACCAGAAGAUGAAUUUGGAAUAGACAUAACAAAGGAAACCAUGAAGAAAGAUAUUGGAAGGAACAUAACAGAUGAUGGAUUUAAAUUGGAUGAAACUAAAUCAGAUAAAGAGAAACAGUUUGUAGAAGAACAUGAGUUUCGCACAGAAGCUACCAAGACAGAAGUAGAGAAGAAGAUACCAGAGACUGUAGUAAAAGAUUUAGAAAAAGAGACCCAAAAACUAAAUGAUAAAAAAUUUAAAUGUUUGUGUGGAAAAAGCUACUACAGGUGCUCACAUCUAUAUAGACAUCAGAGAAUGAAAAAAUGUAUAAAUGUGGUGGCAAAAGAAGAUGAACUUGAGACAAACAAGUCUGAGCCAGAAGGUCACUUGUGCGUUGGGGAGAAUGAUACACAAAAUAGAUUUGGACUAAAAGAUUGGUCUAUGGCAAUGCAUAUAGUAAGUGAAAAGCCGUAUAAAUGUCUAUGUGGGAAAAGCUAUUAUAGAAGAUCUCAUCUUUAUAGACAUCAGAGAAUGCACGUCAGAAGGAACAUAGUAGGAGAACAUAGAUUUGGCAUGGACCAAUCAAAAACUGCGUUGCAGAAACUAAGGGCACAACCUUUUGCACACAUGUAUAGAAAAGGUUAUGUCAGAAACUCACAUUUGUACAGGCCUCAGAGAACACAAACGGAUAAUGCAGUAGUAAAAGAGGAAUUUGGAAUUGAAGAAACUAAAACAGAGAUGGAAAAAUAUAUGGUAGACAAAAAUAAACUUUACACAAAAACAAGGAAAGAGGAUAUUAAACACCUAGGGGAAGAUGAGGUACAACAUCAGGCAUUUACAAAUGAGGGAAUCAGACCAGAGGUGGCGAAACAUAUGGUGGAGAAUAUGGUGGAACAACAGAAAUGUGGCAAAGACAAAACUAUAAAAGAAGAAGAAGAUGAACAAAAAAAUAAAAAUAUAAUACAAUUUGGAAUAAAGCAAACAGAGAACCAGAAACAAAUAGAGGAUAAUUAUGUAUUAUCAGAAGAUACUUUUAGAAGGGAAGACGUGAAAACUGAAGUAGUAAAUCUACCAAGGAAACCUUACAUAUGUGUGUGUGGGAGAAGCUAUUUCCAACCAUCCCAUCUGUAUAGUCAUCAGAGGAUGUACAAGUGUUUGGAUUUGAUAGUCGCAGAAGAUGCAGUUGGUGUUGGUAACGUUAAGACUGAAUUCCAUAAAUACAUUAGGGAGAAUGGAGAAGUUGAAACAUUUAGCAUAAAAGAUUGGAAGACAGCAAUGCAGAAAGUAUAUGAGAAACCUUAUAAAUGUCUAUGUGGAAAAAGCUAUUACAGAAGUUCACAUCUUUAUAGACAUCAGAGAAUGCACGUCAGGGACAAUGUAAUAGUAAGGAGGGGUUACAGAAAAGAAAGGUCCAAAGCGGAAGUACAGAAAGAAUGCAAGAAUAAUACACACGUUAAUGUGGAUAGCUACAUUACAAACUCACCGGCAUACACGCAUAUGUGUCAGAGCUUACACAAGGAAAGCAUCACUGUAGAAGACAAAUAUGGAAUAGGUGAAUCAAUGGAAAAUAUAGAGAACAGGGCAGUGGAACAGGAGUAUGAAACAGAAGAAACUAAGUUAAAUAUACAAAAACCCCUAGUAGAAAAUAUAGUAACACAGCAAUUUGAAAUACAAGAAAUAGAGACUGGAAAACACACUAUGGAAGAUAUAGUAUUACAAAAUGAGAUGCAAGAAACAAUGAAGAAACAGAUAGAAGAAAACAAGGUUCUAGAAGAGGAUACAUUUAAAGGAGACACUUUUAAAAAAGAUGAGAAACGGUAUAAAUGUGUAUGUGGAAAAAGUUACUAUAGGUGUUCUCAUCUGUAUAGACAUCAGAGAGAGAACAAAUGUGCUAUUGACAACUCCAAUACAGAGGCACAGAAAUACUUAAGAGGAAAUGUUGUAUUAGUCACUAUUGGACAAGAAGAUUGGAAAACAGAGGUGCAGAAACAAAGUGAUAAGCCUUAUGUUUGUGCAUGUGGGAAAAGUUAUUAUAGACGUUCCCAUCUAUAUAGGCAUCAGAGAACUCACACAAUGGAAAACAAAUUAGUUGUCAAAGAUCAAUUUGGAAUUAAAGAUUCAAACAGUGAGGGACAGGAACUAAAUGAUGAGCCUUAUAGAUAUGAGACAAGUUUUGGUGUAAACUCAGAACUGUAUAGACAAUCGGGAACACUCAAAAAAGAGAAUAUAGUUGCAGAUGAAGUCUUUCAAAAUGAAUUUACUAAAUCAAGUUUCCCGAAUGGAAACUAUUAUACGUUGGACAGUGUUAAAAAUGGUACAUCCAGCUCAUAUCUUCCUAUGGAUGAAAAUAUUCAAACCAAAGAUGGGCAAACUAAUUGUGCGUUAUCUCCUGAAAGAAGAGAGCCAAUGAAAGAUGAAUAUAUAUCUAUUUGUGAUAGAAGUUUUAACAGUAGCACUCAGCUGUACAACCAUCAGAAAAUUCAUAUGAAGGAGAACUUUGUUAUAGGGCAAAGCUUUGAUAAUGAAUGUGGCGGUGAUGGAGAAAUAGUAGGAGAUGAAACAUAUAAGUGUGAGUGUGGAAGAAGCUAUGACAGCAUUUCACUUUUGACUACACAUCAAAAAACUCACAAAGAACAGACAUGGGUUAUAGGAGAAGACAAUGAGUCCAUUCAAGAUGAGAAAGAAGAGCAAGUCAAUGGUAGGACAUUAUAUCCCUGCCAUGACUGUGGUAAAUUAUUUUCUAGUCAGUCCUAUCUGACUCGACACCAGAGGACCCACAGUGGUGGAGAAUGCGGGGAAAGCUUUUUAGAGAAUUCUUCAUUGUUGGUACAUAAAAGUAUUCACACAAAGGAGGAACUAUAUAACUGUAAUGUGGACUUGAAAGGAUUUGCUCAUAUUUCUGGGUUAGUGAUACACCAAAGGACUCAAGGAGAGGAGAGUCCUCCAGGUGCCAUCUCUGUGGGAUGACCUGCUCCUGCCAUGCUUAUUCAACAGUGGAUUCAUACAAAUGAUUAGCCACUGGCAUGAACAGCAUGUGGAAAGACAUGUAACCAGUGCUACAAUUUGGUAAUUUACUAGUACACCUAUUCUGAUGAGAACAUAUAUACUUGAAUAUGGUGCUAGUUCAUAAAUACCUCCACAUUUGUAAAGUAUCAAAUGUAUGGUAAAGUGCUUACCGAUAAUUCCUUACUUGUUAAUGACUGUUUGGCACAUACCUUGGCUGGUAACCCCCUGGCUGGUAAGCUUUUACGUAGACUGUAAGAAGCCUUCUGGGCACCCUGUGUAUUGUAAUUGUUGAAAAUACUUCACUCCUCUGAAACUAACUAGAAAAUACGUUUUAAAUUCAAUUCUUCUGUUUAAUCCCAUACCAUACAAAUUCCCCAAAACAAACAUUAUAUUUAUUUUCCUUCCCAUGAUUCUCUGUUUCUCCAUAUAUCAAGCUUUUUUUUCAUGUGGUAUCCCUAUUACUGCUACUUGUAUUUUAUAACCCUCAUCCUAUUAUUUAGCUUCAUAUUCUGUUACUCCAUAUACUCUAUAAAACUACUGCUACAUAUAAUCUCUACUUUAUGUAGCAUUCCCCAUCAUUUUUCUUAAAGGGGCAUUCUACAUAUGUACUAAAUCACUUGAAAGCAAUGCAGCAUAUCUAUAAAAAGCUGACUAGAAAAUAUCACAUUAAUUUCUCUGUUUAAAAAUGAAUAUAUAUUACCUUAAAGUUUUCUCAGAAGCCAUAUGCCAUUAUAGAUGGACGUUAAGCAUCCAAUCAGGAAGCUGAUCUCAAUUCAUUUCAGUGAAAUUUACUAUACAUUUAUGGUGAAAUCCAUCAAGAUUAUGGCUAAACCCUGAGAGAUUACAGAAAAACAAAGUGUGAAUUUAGCACUCAGGAUGCUGAUUGGCUGUUAUUUUUUUUUCUUAUGCAGAUGAAGUAGAAAAAAAAAGGAGCUGAAUGAUAACAGCUCACAGAGCAGUUACUCUGCGGAGUUAAAAUUAGUUUUAAAUAAACAAUAGCCCAUAAAUGUUUUUGUUUUGCACAGUUGCAUCAGGGAUAAAUGAGAAUUUACAUUGAAUAACAUGUACCUUUAACUUAAAGGGACAUGAAACACAAACAUUUUCUUUCAAGAUUCAGACAGAGCCAUUUUAAACAACUUUCCAGUUUACUUUUGUUAUCAAAUUUGCUUUGUUUUCUUGCUAUCUAUUGUUGAAAAGCAUACCUAGGUAGGUUUUGCACAUAUAUGUCUCUUGAUAUUGGCCCACCAGAUGUGCUCAGCUAGCUCUCAGUACUGCAUUGCUCCUAAGCCUACCUAGGUAUACUCUUCAACAAAGGAUACCAAUAGAACGAGGCAAAUGUAAUAAUAAAUGUCAAUUGGACAUUUGUUUAAAAUUGUGUGCUCUAUCUGAAUCAGGAAAGUUUAAAGGGACAUGAAACCCAAUUUUUUUCUUUUAUGAUUCAGAUAGAGAAUACAAUUUUAAACAACUUUCUAAUUUACUUCUGUUAUCAAAUUUUCUUCAUUAUCUUGGUACUUUUUGUUGAAAAGCAGGGAUGUAACGUCAGGAGCGUGCAUGUGUCUGGAGCACUAUAUAACAGCAGUUUUGCUAGAAUGUUAUCCAUUUGAAAGAGCACUAGAUGGCAGCAUUAUUUAGUGUCAUGUAGUGCUAAUGUUAUACAUUAGCAAGAGCACUAGAUGGCAGCACUAUUUCCUGUCAUGUAGUACUAAUGUUAUACAUUAGCAAGAGCACUAGAUGGCAGCACUAUUUCCUGUCAUGUAGUACUUAUGUUAUACAUUAGCAAGAGCACUAGAUGGCAUCACUAUUUCCUGUCAUGUAGUACUAAUGUUAUACAUUAGCAAGAGCACUAUAGGGCAGCACUAUUUCCUGUCAUGUAGUGCUAAUGUUAUACAUUAGAAAGAGCACUAGAUGGCAGCACUAUUUCCUGUCAUGUAGUACUAAUGUUAUACAUUAGCAAGAUCACUAGAGGGCAGCACUAUUUCCUGUCAUGUAGUACUAAUGUUAUACAUUAGCAAGAGCAC